ACCAAAAAAAAGUGAUUGAUACUGUCGCUCGUUCUUCCCUAAGGCUUUCGGGACAAGUAAUUAGAUUGGAAUUGUAGUCAUGGUGGAAAAUGGUACAGAAAAUAGUCAAAAUCAUACCUGUAUUGAUAUGGAAGGUGAUGUGCUUGGACCAACACGUCCAGGCUCCACAGAUGCAUUAUCAAAGCCCACCAGGUGCAUCUUCAAAGUUCCCCAGGUGCUUAGGAGACAAAACAAAGAGGCAUAUGCACCGGACGUUGUCUCAAUUGGACCCUAUCAUUCUUCUCAAGGCCGUAAACGAUUUCAACUCAUGAAAAAAGUGAAACAGGGGUAUUUAGAGAAACUUCUCUUGCGUAUGGAUAGUAUAAGCUUUGAAACCUUGGUGGAAAGAAUUGUUAAUUUUUCCGAGCAAAAAAAAGGUGACGGAAGUCAGUCUUCUUUUAUCGGUACGGAAUUACCAGGCCUGCAGAUACACAGAAAGGAUGGCAGGAUUGGGUUUGAGAAACAAGCCCGUGAAUUUUACUCAGAACCUCUGAAGCAUCUAAGCUCAAAAGACUUCAUCGAAAUGAUGGUAGUCGAUGCCUGCUUCCUGGUACAACUAUUUCGAAAGCGUUUGAAUGGUCAGCUUAAGGACAUUGAUGACCCUGUAUUCGACAUGGCUUGCAUGUUCCAAUAUGUAUGCCAUGACAUUUUGCUACUGGAAAAUCAGCUACCUUGGUUUGUUCUCCAGUGUUUCUAUAGCGUUACGCUGGAAAAAUACCCUGGAGAUCCCUCCCUCCCUAUUCUUAUUCUCACUGGCUUCUCCUCACUCCCACCACUAGCGCAUAAUUGCAAGUCCUAUAAAAAGAAGCUUCUCAGUCGCCUUAAGAAUCUGAAUGACAACGGUGAUGAUAAAACUCUGCACAUACUUGAUCUGAUAAGAACUUCUAUUGUUUUCCCAUUCAGACAUGAAUCUGCUCGCUUCAACUCGAAGACGCAAUUAAUGCAUCCUGCGACUGCUCUCUCAAUGACAGGAAUCAGAUUUGCAUGCUCCAGCAAAAGUGACAGUAUAAUGGAGAUACGAUUUGCGGACGGGGUUUUUACAAUUCCACAACUAGAAAUUGGAGAAUUGACUGAAUCAUUGUUCAGGAACCUCAUUGCCCUUGAGCAAUGCUACCACGGUCAUUCGCAGCAAAUAACGUCUUAUGCCGUCCUAAUGGACAACCUCAUCGCCUCCAGCAAGGAUAUCGAACUUCUCUGUGAGAGAAAAGUACUAGGUAACUGGCUGAGCGCCGAAGAUGGUUCCAAGUUUUUCAACAGUCUUUAUAAUGGAACUUCGCUCGACAAGUUCUACUAUGGUAAACUUUGCACUACAGUAAACCAACAUUACGAAUCACAAUGGAACAGGUCGGUGGAAGAAAUCAAACGUGAGAAGUUUUCUAACCCAUGGAAACUUUUUUCAUUCGGUUUUGCAAUUAUCCUUUUAGCUCUCACCCUAUGGCAGACCGUCUAUAACAUUCAAGACCAUAUGUAGGGUCCACAUGUCGGACAGAAAUGCAAUCUACAUCUACAAAUGGAGAAAUUAUUUUUGCUAAAAUAUGAUACUUAUGAGAGAUAUUAUUUAGGAUUCCGAGUCUCUAUAUUUAGAGUUCAUGUAUUUUUUGUAUUUUGCUUUAUCUAGGUCAUUAUAAUAAUUCAAUAGUUUAAAAUAUGACAUGUCAUCUAUAGCAUAAA